ACCACCAAACAUCCUCUGAAUGCAUUAAACGACAAUGGACGACUCAGAGAAAUUGACGGCUUUGAAGAAGGCUUAUGCCGAUAUCAUACUCAACACGGCUAAAGAAGCCGCGGCGCGUAUCAUGGUUUCGGAGAGAAAAUCCACGCGCUUUCAACAAGAGCUUGCUUCUACUAAAGAUGAGGCACUUCGCAUGCUUCUUAGGCUCAAACAAAUGCUUGAUUCUAAGGUCAAAGAAGCAGAGCUGACAUCAUUGAGUCAGCAAAAGAAGAUUGAUGAGCUCGAAGCUCAGCUCCAAGAAGCUGAGGAAAUAGUUAGAGACCUAAGGGCUGAAUUGAGAGAAACACAGGCUGAGCUGGAGAAUGUCACAAAACACCAAAUGAAUCCCCCAGUCAAACAAAACAUAAAGGGUGAAGUUUUUGCAGCUCGGGAAAAUUUUCUGCAGGUGAACAGACAUGACCAUUAUGAUGGAUCUGUGCAUUCUGCACCCGAUAUACAGUUUGAAUCAGUACCAGUUUCUGAUACGAGGUGCCCUGUUGUAAAUGGAACACAUAAUGGAAGUAAGUUAUUUGUGCCUCGCGAUCAUGCAAACAACUGCUACAUUCAUAACCCGGAUUUUGCAUCCAUAGUCAUUAGGAGGAAAGAGCCUGAGCUCUACAGAAAUGGAUGUACUCAGAGAAUACGAGCGUUUGAUAGGAGCGUAUUUGAUGGAAAUGUAUCUGUUUCAGGAAAUGUAGAUAAUGCACGGGAUGAAACUUUAGUAGGAGCACAUGAAGAAGGUAAGGAAAUGACUGUUACAGCUAAUGGCAAAGCUGAUAUUAUUUAUGAAAAGGAAAAACCAGAUGAACUUAAAUUAAUGAAAGCAGAUGCUGACCUUGUCAAAGUUCCGGUUCGUAAACAACACGUAAGAUUUAAGAAGAGGAAGAUCCAUCAAUCUAGAUUGCAUUCCAAACAUCUCAAGGGAACAAAUAAAGAAUCAUAUCUUUCUGUUGCCAAAAGUUCUCCUCAUGUAUUGGAAAACAAUGAUCCUUCCGAGGUGAAUUCUUCUAUGGCACAUGAAAAUGAAGUUCUGAAGGAUCUAAUGUCUCCUUUGGCCAAAGCACCAACUGACACAACUACAAUAGUUGAGCAACCAGAUGAAGUUAAAGUGGUAAAAGCAAGUGUUGUCAAAGGUCUAAGAUUUAGGAUGAGGAAGACUCAUCGAUCUAGAUUGCAUUCCAAACAUCUCAAGGGAACAAAUAAAGAAUCAUAUCUUUCUGUUGCCAAAAGUUCUCCUCAUGUAUUGGAAAACAAUGACCCUUCCGAGGUGAAUUCUUCUAUGGCACAUGAAAAUGAAGUUCUGAAGGAUCUAAUGUCUCCUUUGGCCAAAGCACCAACUGACACAACUACAAUAGUUGAGCAACCAGAUGAAGUUAAAGUGGUAAAAGCAAGUGUUGUCAAAGAUCUAAGAUUUAGGAGGUGGUUGACUCAUCGAUCUAGAUUGCGUUCUGAUCGGGUUAUGAAAACAAAUAAAGAACCGUAUCCGUCUUCUGCAAAAGAUUCUCGUCAUGCAUUGGAUGAUAGUGACCCUUCCAAGGUGAUUUCUUCUACGGCACAUGAAAAUGAAGCUCAGAAGGAUCUAAUGUCUCCUUCUGCCAUAGCACCCGCUGAUGCAACUACAGCAGUUGAGCAAUUAGGAUCUCAUACCAAUACCAAAAAAGGGGAAGAAUUUCUUAAAGGUUGCAGUUCUAGGAACAAAAUUGAAGAUGAUAAAGAACCAUUGGAUAAAUCAGAUCUGACAAGACAAGAAAGUUUGUCCACUGAAAGUACGGAGGUUAACGGUUGUAAAGAUGUUGCUGCAGCUGAUGGGUCCCCAAAUAAAAUGGACCCGAAAGUAUCUGAUGUAGAUGAGAAAGUUUCUAGUCGAUUCGAAAAUGAUAAGUUCCUGAAGUACACAUUCCGGAGAAAACGUAAGAAGGGGUUAGUUAGCAGCGAUGAUGCAGGCUGCUCUCCAGAUAAUAGCAAUUCAAAGAAAAUUUGUGGAGAGAAGCAAAAUGGUCAUGUGGAGCCUCAGAAGUCUUGUACAAUAACUGAAUCAUCUCGGGAAAGCCGACGACUAGCACAAGUUGCUCGCCAGCUCAUAUCUUUGUCUGAGAAGAAAUGGUGGCAGUAGAUUCAUCUAUUGCUAUGAUGAGAUGCGAGUUCAAAUUAAAAGCACAGUUUAAUGCACUAUUGUUUUCGGAGGUGGCGUUUAUAAGGAUGCUUUACGUUGAUGGCGUGGAACAUGUUAAUAACAUCUAAUACUUUUCUUUCCUCCUUAGAUAGCAAUUGCUAAUUAACAUUAUAUCUAUAGAACAUAAAUCAUAUGUGCUGUUGAUGGCCUUUUCUUCGGUCAUGUUUCCAAUACAAAUUUUGCUGUGAUUUUGAUUUUGGGUGUGUUGCUCACUCUAGUCAAUAUCUAAUAAAUAUUUAACAUAUAUAAAAAUUAUGUUAUUUUGUAGUAA